CUCGACCAUUUCGGACUCUCAGAGUCUGACUUUAUCCAUAGAAGUCCCGUUCAGUACGGCGACGUCGACCCGAGAAUCACAGCCAUAUCAAUGACCCGUUGUUAUGCAUGCCAUCCUGGCCUAGAACCCGGGCCAGCCUCGCUCUCCCCUUUGGGCCCACGAGCACUCGAGCGUCGACUCUCGACUAUCGAGCACCAGACACUGGACAGCAAACACACAGCGGCACCAUGCAGAACCAGGUGAGCACUAACAGGUGCGGGCAGUGGGCACCGCUGAGCACAGCAGACGACUCUCCCGCACCAGACCAUCACAGACCACACCAGAGCGAUGAGGAAUGCUUGGCUUGCGCAGUGAGAGCCCGCCAACGACAAAAGACGUUGGUCAUUAGCGCCAGCACAUCCAAACUCUCGCCGCCUUCUGUCUCACGGUCUCGACCUCGACCUCGACCUCGACCUCGACCUCGACCUCGACCACUAUCAACGCCAAUGCAACGACAUGGAGAGAAGAGGAGCCCCUAGAGACAACAGCCUGUCAGGCUUGACGGAAAUGGCGUCUGUCCGCCCCCGGAUCUGUCCCCAAUGCGGCCAUGCCUAUCAAACUAGGCCGCUUUACAGGCCGCUAAAGCUUCUGCCAACCGAACUUUCAAAAACUUAGACUUUUGCGCCUCUGUGACUAUUUACCAGCCCUCGAUAGCAGCCGAUGGAUUCGAGAGCUCUGUCACAAGGCCACUCACUACUGGCUCAGCGUCCAGCUGCCCCUUCUGUUUACCUUUGCAUCGCAUCGCGCUGGGUGAGGUGCUUCUUGGUUCUCUG